AUGACUCCAUCUGCAGAAAUCCUGAACGAGGCCCUGGAGGUGUCUCAAAGCACCAAGUUAAAGGAAAAGACGCCCUUGGAGGCAAUCUCCCAUGGAGAUGUCUUGCCAGACAUCCCAACCUUUCCAACAUUCAAGGAGCACCGUAGACACAUAUUGACUCAUAUGGCGGCCACCUUUCGAUACUUUGCCCGUCAAAACUAUGUCGAAGGUCAAUCUGGCCACAUCUCAGUCCGAGAUCCCGAGUUUCCAAAUUUGAUGUGGAUGAACCCUCUGAGUCGGCAUUUCGGUAUGCUCACGGCUGGAGAUAUGCUUUGCAUCGAUAUUUCAUCGGGUGAGAUCGUUGGAGGAGCACCUAAUCCGGCAACUGGUGGAAGAACGGUCAACAUGGCCGGGUACUACAUCCACUCGGCAGUUCAUCUUCGGCGACCGGAUAUACAUGCCAUUUGCCAUGCACAUGGGAUUUCUGGAAGGGCUUGGUCAGUCUUUGGCCGUCCUCUUGAUAUGUUGACCCAGGAUGUCUGCAACUUUUAUGGAAUUCUUGCCAUCUACGAUGCCUACGACGGGAUCGUGUUUGGGCCUCAAGAGGGUAUCAACAUCGCCGAGGCCCUGGGGUCAAACAAGAAGGCAGCGAUUCUAAUGAACCACGGCUUGCUCACAUGCGGCGAGACGGUGGAUGAGGCAGGGUUCAUGUUUGGACUUCUGGAGCGGUCAUGCGAGAUCCAACUCCAAGCCGAGGCUGCAGCGGCCAAUGGCAUCCCUAAGAAUAUCAUUACGGACGAAGAGGCGGCCUACAACUUCAAGAUGGCGUCUGAGAAGAAUGCACUGUACAGAGAAGCCCAGCCCGAUAUCGAGUUUGAAUUCUUCUUGGCCGGCGGAGAGGAGGUUCUGGCAAGGGGGUUCGACAAGUUGGCGCUGCCAAACGGUGCCAAUUCUACGUCUUGA